AUACCCGUACUUGAUUGUACAAGAAAUAGUUGUUCUGGAGGGAAAUCCAAAGGUUGCAAAUUUUAAUGAUAAACCAAGCUAAUGUUCAAAAUUUGUACAGUUAUAUGCGUUUAUGUCGUGUACAUCCAUGCCCAGUAGUUGGUAUUCAAACAACUUUAUACUAAAAAGCAAAUAGGCGAUCUGGUAAGAUGUCAGAAAUUCGUGUAGAAGAGCGGGCAUUCUUUCCAAUCACAAGUUUGUCUUCGUUCAUUGGACUUGUGAAGGAACACUUACAACACGCUAAAUUGAAUCCUUCGCAUGAACCGAACUUAGCACUGCUUUCAAUCUUGUUUGGGUACCUUGAACAUGAGUUAACAGUCAGCAGAACAGCGUCAGUGGAUAGCAGCACAGACAGUGAAAAAGGAGGAAAACCACCGGAUAAAAUCACAGAUUCUACACAGAGCAUUGAUGAUGAAUUUCCUACUCUGGAUCUGGAAAUAAUUGAAGGAUUAUACAAUCAGUUUGUACUGAUGAUCAAAGCACAGGUUGAUAAGAGCUUGACAGAAUUUACUUCACGAAGCGGUUAUGCCACUCGUAUGUUAUGCAAGCGUGUCAGUGAUGUGAUAUGGAAUGGCUUGUUAAGAUCAUACCAUAAGGAUAAACCCCAUAUACAAUCUCUAUUCAGCUAUCUUACAGGACGUCAACUGGAUUGUUUUGGUCUUGCAUUUGUGGUGGUGGCCGCAUGCCAGGUAUUGGCUUACAAAGAUGCUCAUUUAGUUUUGAGUGGUGACCACGCAUGGGUGGCGACAGGAGAAGACUCAAAGGAUAUGACUGAAGUUACAUGGCAUGGGAAAGGCUUGGAAGAUAGAAGAGGUUUUUUGAUUGAUAAAACCACCACUGAAAAGAACUGGAUAUAUCAUGGUGGGAAUGCUGUGAAGUGUGACAGGUGGAUGGAAGUUGUAGCACUUGUCACUUCACUAAACGCAGCAAUUGACAUGCAAACUGACAGCGAGGAGUUACAACUCAUACAGCAUGACAUAAUGCGUUAUUUAUAUGAAGAAGGGCACAUGGACAAAUACCCAAUGGCACUUGGUGUGUACGCUGAACUCAAGGAAAUUAUUCCAACCAACAAACAAGACUCAGCAACUGUGGAUGAAAUACACAACAAAGCUAUCACUGCAGUUGAAACAAUAUAUGAUGGUUUACAUUUUCUUCCAUAUGUAAGCAAAGGGCACAGUUGUGCGCGACGAAACAGAUAUGAUGAUGCAAUUCGUAAUUGGUCCAAAGCAGCUCAAGUGCUGUCCAGAUACAAUUAUGGAAAAGAAGACGAAGAGAGUUAUAAAGAGAUGAUUGAUAUUGCAAACGAUCUGAUUCCUAGCACUCUUAAAACUGUUCCACAACUUUGUGAAGAUACCCAGUGCUAUUACAAUGUAAUACAAUUCUAUGAUGGGAUUUGUCUAUGGGAGGAAGGCAGUGUUACACCAGUUCUCCACUCUUGGUGGGCGCGCCACUUUACAAACACCAUCUCAAAGUUCACUCCAGAAGUUAGACAAUUUUACUCAGAUGGAAACAGCAGUCCUUCCAAACCUGUUGCUAUGGAAACUACUAGGAUGAACAGACGUUCCAGCAAAGGAGCUUCUCUUAGCUCUCCUUCAAGAUUAGCCUAUUCAAGUAGCACCAGUGAAGAUGGCCAGGAUCCUAAAACUUUAGACGACACUGAGUUAACUGAGGCUCUGGCAAAACCAGUUACAAAAUUGAAUAUUCGGAGCGAAAAAAUGAGAGCUUUAAGUGAGAUGCUGAUUAGUGGAAAGAAAGUGAACUCACAAGCAAUUGGUCUGCUUCUCACUGCUCAGUCUCAAGUCCAUUUUGUAAAACGAAAAUCCAAUGCAGGGGAUUACAGUGUGGAUUAUGGGGACAGAUCAAAAAUUGUCAGAAAAUCAAAAGAUUUAGAUUAGAUAUUCACUCAUUGCUUUCCUUGCAUAGUUUGAUUAAUAUAUCAUGCGAUUGAGAGACAGCUUUAUCAUAUGAAUACACUCGAACCUGUGCUGUUA